AUGAACGACGAUAUGAACUACGAAUCUACAGCUGCUCACUCGCAGCAGCAACAACAACAACUGCAGCAACAACAGCAACAACAUUAUCAUCACAACAUUGGCAAUGAUGAAUACUCGAAUACUUCAUCAUCCGAUACAACCAUGACUCCAGCAAACAAUACAACCACAACUACAACUCUAAGUAAUAGUAGUGAUGGUACCAAUGGUGUUGGAACAUCAAGGUACGCACCACUGAGCUAUCCAUUGAUCAUUAGAGGCAAGGAACAUAGUAAUGGUACAAGUGGUGAUACUAUGAUGAUCGAUUCCUCCAAGCCAAGCGACAGGUCACCUCAAUUUGGAUCACAGAUGAUGCCAUUUCCACAAAUGCCAUCAACUUCAGCCAUAUCAAAGAAACGCACUAGUAGUGGCUCUGGCCAGGGCACGUCGCCAAUCAAUGGUGCUUCACCCAAUGCAUCACCAUCACACAUGUCAACAACAUCAAACAACUUUACACUUCCACCACCCCUGGCACCGCCCAUUCCAUUCUCAUCACAGAGAUCAUCAUCGAUGUCCAUGGCCGCGCCAAUGACGUCCACGACCACAACCACCACAACCUCCACUACCACCACAUCAACAACGGCCGCAGCGCCAACCAUGGGCACGAAUGUUGUUGCUGCGACAACGGUCGAACGCAAAGUAUGCCAUUGCAAGAAUUCAAAGUGCCUAAAGAUGUACUGUGAAUGCUUUGCCAACAAACAACUAUGCGUGGACUGUCAAUGCUUUGGUUGUCACAACAACGAGGAACACAUAGAUGCAGUGGAGAAGGCACGAGCCAGCACACUGGAACGAAAUCCAGACGCAUUCAUUCCCAAGUUUAACAAAAAGGUGAUCAGUAGUGGAGACAAGACAGCAGUGGAGAAACAUCUCAAAGGAUGUCAUUGUCGGAAGAGUGGAUGUAAGAAGAAGUAUUGUGAAUGUUUCCAAGCAGGUGUUCCUUGUAAUGAUAACUGCAAGUGUUAUGAUUGUCAGAACCAGGAUGGAGCAGCACAUCAACAUCUUCAUGAAUUGGCAUUAGGAAAGAAGAAGAGAGCAUCUGAUUCAUCAUCCAAGAAGAGAGCAAGAUCAAAAGAGGAGAUUGAAAGACAGUUGAGUAAGGAAUUCAACAUUAACAAUGUACAUAAUGGAGUGCCUUUUGGUUCACAAGGUCUGAUGAACAUGAGCAAUGGAAGUUUAGGAGGCAUCAUCAGUCGAGAGAAUACUUUUAAUGACGAUAAUAGUGAAGGUCCAAUAUUGUUUAGACAUAUUGUAAACUCAUUCUUGGAUAAAGAAAGGAUAACACAAUCAUGCAUAGAUAUCUUCUUGAAUAUGAAUAACAAUAAUAAUAAUAAUAAUAUAGGUGGUGGAAAUAAUGGUGGCAACAAUGGUAGUGGAAGUGGAAGUAGCAAUGGUGGUAGCAAUCAUGGAGGCAAUCAAAUGACAAUAGUGGAUCAACCUAUCAAGUUGGCACUUCAAUGUAACGAAGAUCUAGAACUCAAUGAUCAUAUCACACCCCUGGCACCACAAGAUCGAGCUUUACAGGAGUACCAAAUACUCUCCAAGUUAUCCAGUGUAUUGGAGGAAAUUGCCAAUCUAAAGUAA